CGUUACAAAUACCACCACCACCCCCACUGCGCCUCUCCCGGAACAGCCGGAAGAAGCCAACCAGCUGAUCGAGCCACCAACAAGAGGAGGAGGAAGAAAGAGAGGUUAUCAGUAAGAACUGAUUGCAGUAUUACUUCUGCUGGUGUAGCAUGGGUAUCGAAGUUGUACCUCAGUCCUGCAAUGAGAAGCUGGAUUCUACUAUUACCUCUCCUGCUAGUGGUAACAUGGAUGUGCCUGAUGACACAUGUGUUCAUCCAUCAGAAGUUCCUGGCACUGUAAAUGUUGAGAGCUCUGUGGUUGUUGUUCAAGUUGAGAAAUCUGACAGUUCAAUCUCUGAACUAUUGGAAUCUGCUGGAGUGAAUGGAGGUAGAGAAAAUGACGAUCAUUUGGCGAGUGAGCAGUCUACUGACAAUGGUUCUAAAAAUUCAGAGGCUGCAGCAUAUGAAGCAUCUCCUGCUGAUGCUGAAAAGGGAGAUGUGAUGCAGCACAGUGAUGAAAACAAUGCUGAUAAACAGGAGAAUCAAGACUUGUCUCCAAUGGCAGAAACAGCAGGAAGUGAUAGCACCUCAGUCACAUCGAUGGAAGAUGUUCAAGAAGAAAAGAAUGCUGCUGCAUCAGAAACAGAUGAUGUUACUAGCCUCCGUCCUGAUCUGUCAAACGAGAAAGCCUGUGUUGGAAAUGGAAAUGUAUUCCAAAAUGCAAAGGGUGUGUUGACAACUUCAACAAAGAAGAUGAAGAGAAGUGCAUCUGGAACUACAAGGAAGUCACCGCAAGCUACUAAUACAGACGAAGGGAAUGCUUCUACUCUCACUAACUCGAAAUCAUCAAAUGGAAGGAUCACAACCGUUCCAGCAGGCCCAAUUUUCAGAUGUACUGAACGUGCUGAGAAGCGCAGAGAAUUUUAUUUGAAGUUGGAGGAGAAGCAUCAAGCUUUGGAGGAGGAGAAAAUUCAGUUGGAAGCCAAAUUGAAGAAAGAACAAGAGGAAGCUCUCAAGCUCCUCAGGAAGAGCCUGACGUUCAAGGCCACACCGAUGCCGAGCUUCUACCACGAGGCUCCUUCUCCCAAGGCUGAAUACAAGAAGCUGCCGACGACCCGGCCGAAGUCUCCGAAGCUCGGGAGGAGGAAGGCCUCGACGGACGCCUCCAACUCGUCGGAGGAGAGCGACGGCACGCGGCCGUGCUGCCGCGCCAGCCGCGACAGCCUCGACAACACCUGCAAAUGCGGCAGCAACGACAAGCCGCAGCAGCCUGCAACCUCAAAGCCGGCGAUCGCCGCCGCGUCGUCCAAGAAGCAGCCCAAGCCACACGCCCACAAGCUCGCCGACCAGAGCGCCAUGAACAUCGCAGUUCACUAGCUCGAUCGUCUCUCUCUCUCUAUAUAUAUAUCUCUCUCUCGCUCUCGGCUUGCAACUUGCAUGGAUCAUGGAGGAAGGAACCAAUCCAGGAGGAAAAAAUGAGUUCUUUUUUCUCUAAGUUAUUGGGAGUGAUGAACUUCUGCAUCUUCACAGCUUGUGGUUUUGGUGUAGAUAAUAAGUUAUGAUGAUGAUGAUGAUGUGCCUGCCUGCCAUGAGUGAAGUUCAGAAGUUGAUGUUUUGUGUUUAAAUUAUGCUGAUUUUCACUUUGUUUAUUUUGAGAUGUGAGAAUGGCAUGUGUUUAUAACUUUUUUUUAAUUUAUGUGAUGUGGUGUUCUUGAUGUAAUUUAUAUAUUUAUAUAUAUACUCACAAUGCAAACAGUGGGUUUGUUGGUGCUGGUGAUGGCAAGAAA